UACUAAUUGUGUCCAGACAGAGUUUUGGGCCAACCUAAACCCUAAUCCUGAACAAAGGAUCUCGAUUUCCAGUUCUCUUUUGAAAGAAAAUCGUUACAAUCAAAAGAACUAGAACAACUGCCGCCACUUUCCUGCAUCUUCACAUUCUCAUCUGAGCUCCAUUGCCGGCGACCAUGGCCGAACAGACGGAGAAGGCGUUCUUGAAGCAGCCGAAGGUGUUCCUUUGCUCGAAGAAGUCGGGGAAGGGUAAAGCUCCAGGAAAGGGAGGCAACCGCUACUGGAAGAGCAUCGGAUUGGGGUUCAAAACACCCCGCGAGGCCGUUGAAGGCACAUACAUUGACAAGAAAUGCCCAUUCACUGGCAAUGUCUCCAUCAGAGGCCGUAUCCUUGCUGGGACCUGUCACAGUGCUAAGAUGAUGAGAACUAUCAUUGUUCGACGAAACUACUUGCAUUGGGUAAAGAAGUACCAAAGAUACGAAAAGAGGCAUUCAAAUAUUCCAGCACACAUUUCCCCUUGCUUCCGUGUGAAAGAGGGCGACCAUGUUAUCAUCGGUCAAUGCAGGCCCUUGUCCAAAACGGUGAGGUUUAAUGUUCUCAAAGUGAUCCCAGCCGGCUCGUCAAGCCGUGGAAAGAAGGCAUUUACGGGGAUGUGAGUGAUAAUAGGCUAUCUGAACUCUAAUCUUCUUGGCAUAUGUUGAAUAGGUUAUUGGUAGAUUAUUUCUAGACUUUUAUUUGAUUCAUUUGAGAGUGCUCUCACUUAGCUUGAGCCUUGAGGGCUUAAAAUUUUGGAUUUUUGCCUACUUAUGCUGACUUUGAACCUUCAGAAAUUCAAUAUCAAUAUGACGUUUUAUUUCAAGAA